AUGGAACCUUCGUCAAAGCUUAUUGGAUUUGAUGAAGCGCCUCCGAUCGAGAAUCCUACAAUGCCAGUUGCUGAUAUUCCAUGGAGCCCUCCACCUAUUGAUCCAUUGCCAGAAGUUGGGGAUACCGAGAGAGCAAAGUUGAUCGACAGACUAAGAGAGAAGGCAGAGCAAAGCGAGGCGGACUCAACAUAUUGGGCAUGCCUCUGGUUGUCUGAUAUUGAAUGCCUUCGGGGGAUUGUCCGGUCGGUGGAAUCUUACCAACCCAAUGCAAACUCAUCAAUGAUAGGCAAUAGUACUUUCACUAUGCUCAGGGCUUGGCAAACAAGGCCGAGGAAUAUCGCGCUUUCUGAGACUCAGGGGAAGCGGAAGUUGGGGGAGGAGACCCCGAAGCGAAAACUCAGUGCCAAAACAGCUACAACGCUACACUUGUUCUGGCCUAAAGACCAAGUUGAUGGAUGGGAAGCCCGGUUGACGGGCCCAAAUGGCACAGAACUUUGCGAGAAUUUGCUUUGCUUAUCCCCCGACGCUCAUAGGCUUUGGGGGGCUUGUUACUUUGCCCUCCAGCCGCUCCAUCUACGCGACGAUGGUAAGGAGUUGAUCACACGUUUCUACUGGCUGCCCGAGUUCACGCCACGCAAUGUUCAGGUCUAG